UCUCUGCACAGCAUCGGAGACGGAGAGUCGCUAUGGAGAGAUAGCACUUGCUGUUGCAGGUGAUCAUCGCGACUUGCAAGAGAGAGAUCUUUUGCAAGGGCCUAGCUAGCUGGUAGAAGCUAGUGUGAUCAGUGAUCACCGUACCUGAAAAGCAGAAGCAGCGGCAAUUAAUGGCGGGCAGGCUAGCCGUGCUCGUCUGCGUCGCGCUCUUGUCGGCGGCAAUGGCGAACGGCAUCAGGACGGCGGGGACUGUUGUUGGCCCCGGCGCUCCUAGCCCUGCUGUCACAACGACGGCGAGCACCGCCGCUGAAGUUGUGCCUACGCCGCCGGUUGCCACCGCUGCAGCCACAGUGUCUGCAGACCAGCAGCAGGCUCCCUUGGAUGACCCGUACAAGGACAGCAGGAGGAAGGUGCCCAACGGACCUGAUCCUAUUCACAACAGGAGAGCCAGAUGGGGAGACGCACCGGCGAGGAGAGUGUAGGGUACGUGACGACGACGUACAAAUUUCUCAAGACUAAACGGCGGCGAGCAUGCAUUGAUGUGGAAGCUAGGUUCCAUCCAUGGCGGCUCUCGCUUUAGCUAGCCGAACACACGCAUGCGAUGCGCUGAGCUCCAGCUAGCCAUGGUGGUGGUGGUGGUCAUGAUGGCCGACGACGACGACGACCCAAGUGAAGACACUUAUAAGUAUGCAUGUAUUAGAGGGUGAGAAAGGAGGAGAGACCGAGAUCACAAGCAGGCCAUACACAGGAGGAUGGUACGGUGAUCUUCUCACUUUGGCCAAAGUGAUCUCUGGUGGAUCCUCUGAUGAGGUUUUUGAUGUUCUUCUCUUUUCCUUUUUUUUUCUUCUUCUUUGGGGGGUUAAUGGUGUUAAAAGGAGCACUAGUCCAACUCCAAGCACUCACACAGAGAGAGCACGUAAAGCUCACACAACGCUCGAACAUUGAUGAACAAAGACUCUGCAGAAUUCUUGCCUUGUUGCAUUGGCACAUAUUUUA